GAAGUUGAGAACAGUUUUUUCAGCAACAGGUUGUCAAAGCGUUUUUUCUGUUUCAUCAAUUUGUCUUUAUUAUUUCAUACAAAAACUAAAAUUGUUUAAUUAAAAUGUCUGAUGAUUCUCCCUUUGAGAACUCUCGUAUGAGAGGUGCGAUGGAUGCAUUAAUGAAAUCAGAAGAAGGUCGAGAAAUAGCUGAGAAUCUUAAAUCAAAACUGAAACAAUUAAAUGACCAGUUUAAAGACCUAAAUCAUGGUGAAAAACAGAAAUUUCUUAAUGAGUUCCGUGAUAAGUUUUCAGAGUCCAUUGGAAGCUUAAAAGAUACACUCGGUGAAAAAUAUGGGGAAACCUUUGAAGAAGAAGUCCCCAAUGCUUAUACACAGCAAUUACUUAAUUAUUUACCUUUUAUGAUUGGUGUUACAAUUUUGCUUUUAAUUUUCGGAUUCUUUGGGUACAAACUUUAUAAAUCAAUUAUGGAAAAAGAAACAAAGAGAGAAAAAAAGACAAGAAAACAGUUAAAGGAUGAGAAGAAGACUCAAUCGCCACCUUCAUCACCACGAUCGAAGAAGGAACAAUAAUCGAAGCACAAAGAAGAAUUUUAAUCUGAACCUAACUCAUGUUUACACGCUAUUGAAAAUAUAUUUUUGAAGAACUUGUUGCCUGCAAUCAUCAACAGAAACUGAGAAUUUAUUUUUUGAAGAAGUUAUCAUUAAUUCCUGAAUACAUCUUUCUAAUUUUAUACAUUCCUAAAUAAAUGAUAAAUAUUGGGUUUGAGUAGAAUAAAAUAAAGUCUUGAUAUCAUUGUUUUCUCAGUUUUGUGUUUUGUUGUUUUCAGAAUUCCUUGAAUCGUGACCACAAAAUUUUGAUUGUCAAGU